UCCAAAAUUGUUGAAAUGGACUACAUUUGACCUUUGAUGACCUCUGGCGACCUGACCUUUGACCUGACCCAAAAAACUUUUUGGUAUCCCGAUGCCAAACCGAGACCAACUUGGUGUUUGGUAUUUCAAUGUGAAUGUAUUUGGUAUUUUGUUCGUAUUAUGAACCCUCACUCAAGUAUGAGGUUGAGAAAUCGGUAAAAAGUUGGCACUUCCCUUAUGUUUUCAAGUUGGUUCAGUUUCGGUAUUUCCUUACAGUGUUGAUUGGUAUUUGUUUAGGUAUCGAUAUUCCGAUUAUCUUUAAUUGACAUCACCAAUAUAUCGUAUAGGUAUCAUUUAUAUACUGCUAAUUGCAAUACCACAUUCAAAAUAUUAUUUGUUUCGAUGCGACAGGUGAUCGAGCAGAAGCUGUUGGAAGAAAUGCUGAGCGCCGGACAGGAGGAGAAGCGCCUGGCGGUGGAGGCCGGUGACAUCCUCCCUGAUGGCACGCCGUGGAUUACUGUUGUCGUGGACGGUAGCUGGGGCACUCGAAGCCACGGCCACAAGUACACGUCACAUGGCGGUAUGGCAGCUGUGAUCGGUCUGCGCACCAAAAAGCUCCUGUUUUACGGUGUGCGUAAUAAGUUCUGUAGUGUGUGUGCUCGGGCGGGCAGCAGCGCGGGGGCUCCAGCCCAUAAGUGCUUCCGGAAUUGGGUGGGGACGUCCACCGCGAUGGAGUCAGACAUCAUCAUUGAGGGCUUCAACCGUAGCGAAGAGAUGCACGGGGUGCGAUUCAUCGAGUUCAUAGGAGACGGCGACUCAUCCGUAUACAAGAACAUUCUGUCCUACGUAUCCUAUGGACGAAACGUUCGAAAAGUAGAAUGUGCAAACCAUGUCACGAAAUGCUUUACCUCCGCACUGUACGACAUAGCCAAACAAAACAAGGAAGCCAAAAAAGUCUUGUCAAAAGUCAGGAUCAGCCGCAUGAAAAUAUGUGUCAGAAAAAUGAUAAAGCACAGAGCACAGGAACGGAUGGAAUCCAAUGGUGAUAAAGAUCAAAGCGCCCGUACCUUGUCAUCAGAUGUAAAGAACGCCUCCUUUCAUGUUUUAGGACACCACAACAAAUGUUUACCAUAUUACUGCAAUGUAGUCAGCGGCAGUGUGGCAUGUCCUCCUCCUGAGACAGAGAUUUCUACAGAACUGAAAAUCUCGCUCCUCAAAGCGGCAGAUGUUGUGUGCAACAAAAGUAGAAGUCUUGUCGUUUACGACGCUACCAGCAACCUAGAAAACUUGAUGUCGCAGGUGGCAUCAAGUUUUCUGUUGUCUACCAGCAACAGAAAACUUGAUGUCGCAGGUGGCAAAAACCCUCGGCGGUAAACGGGUCAACCACUACCAGAAACGUGGGUACCAUGACCGCUGUGCCGCAGCAGCUUUAGCCUUCCAGUCCGGCAGCCAGAUGCACAUCGAUGUUUUCAAACAAAAAUAUCAAAAAAGUCCAACAAAGAUCAUGAAAAAAUAUGUCAAUGUCGCUCAAAAGAAACGUCUCCAACGUCCCAACGAUCCGGCCAAAAGGGUUAGCAGAUACGUCCGGCGUUCUCUCGCGGGGACAGAUGGGGACUACGGACCCAGCUGUGCAGCACCCGACUUAGAGGACCGCGAUAUUCAGCAAUAUCAGCUCAAAACAAAGGAGUUCUUAGACAACCUAGGAAGCACUGCUGUGGAGCGUGCCCAAAUCGCUGAGAACACUGCUGAUGACAAGGAAGAGUGGCACCGCGAGCGACGCAAACGCGUCACUGCGACAACCUUUCACCAAAUAGCGAAUAUGCGAGACUCAACGUCAAACAAAAACAUCAUGAACAGACUUCUUUACGAUACAACAAAAGAUUUAGAUACACCUGCUCUGCAGUAUGGCCGCGUCAACGAGGAGCUAGCUAUACAAGCAUAUGAAAAGCAAACAAACACUGAAGUGAAAAGACCAGUUGGGCUGGUAGUGCACCCGAAGCAUCCAUUUUUGGCCGCCACUCCUGAUGGAAUCGUUUCUGAUGACAUCAUAGUAGAAGUGAAAUGUCCCAAAAGUGCAGAGAACACUUCACUGGAAAGACUGGCUGCGUCUUCUAGUGGACUAACUAGUUUUUUUCUUGACGACAAACUUGAGCUAAAAAAGAGUCACCAAUAUUACACCCAAGUUCAGUGCCAGUUGGCUUGCACUGGUGCAAAGUUCUGUGACUUUUUUGUCUGGACACCAAACGAAACGUCAUGUCAGCGCAUAGCUGCUGACGAAACGUUCAUCGCAAACAGACUGGAAAAAGUGAAGGCAUUUUAUGAUGAGUGCAUCGUGCCUGAAAUGAUUGAUCCCCGCAAAGCACGACACAUGCCGUUCCGUGAGCGGUCAAGGUAUAGGGAGCCCAAGGGCAAAAACGUGAAGUAA